AUGUCCACUGGAGGCAGGUUUGACUUUGAUGACGGGGGGUCGUACUGCGGGGGGUGGGAGCAGGGUAAGGCCCAUGGCCGAGGUGUCUGCACAGGACCCCAGGGUCAGGGUGAGUAUGCUGGGGCCUGGAGCCACGGCUUCGAGGUCCUGGGCGUGUACACGUGGCCCAGUGGAAACAGCUAUAAGGGCACCUGGGCACAGGGCAAGCGGCAUGGCAUCGGAGUGGAGACCAAGGGUCGCUGGGAAUACAGAGGAGAGUGGACGCAGGGGUUCAAAGGUCGAUAUGGGCAGCUGGAGAGCACGGCCAGCGGGGCCCGGUACGAGGGGACAUGGAGCAAUGGGUUGCAGGAUGGAUAUGGCACUGAAACCUAUUCGGACGGAGGAACCUACCAAGGCCAGUGGCUGGGAGGGAUGCGCCACGGCUAUGGUGUGCGACAGAGUGUGCCGUACGGCAUGGCAGCUGUCAUCCUCUUCCCUCUGCGAACAUCUAUAAACUCUCUCCGCUCUGAGCACAGCCAUGGCCCUCCUGCUGUGCUGGAGGACGGCACUGCCACCACGCCUACAGAUGGGGUGGUGGCCGGACUGGCUGGGAGCCCAGUGGGCCGGGGUGGGUUUGCUCUUGUGGCACCGAGUGAGGCCGAACGGCAGAGAAAGAGAAAAGGCCGCUUUCGGCAGUCUAUCCUAAGUGGCCUGAAGCUUCGGCGCUCUGAGUCCAAAAGUUCCCUAGCCAGUCAGCUCAGCAAGCAGAGCUCCUUCUGCAGCGAGGCUGGCAUGAGCACCGUCAGCUCUGCUGCAUCUGACAUCCACUCCAACACCAGUGAGAGUGAACAGGGAGCUCCUGUGGAUGCCACUGUCACUGAGAUGUAUGCUGGAGAGUGGAGGAGUGACCAGAGAGCUGGCUGGGGCGUGAGCAGGCGCUCAGAUGGCCUGCAUUAUGCAGGCGAAUGGGUGGGCAACAAGAGGCACGGAUAUGGCUGCACCACCUUCCCCGAUGGCACCAAGGAGGAGGGAAAAUACAAGCAGAAUGUGCUGGUGAGCGGAAAACGCAAAAACCUGAUCCCACUGAGAGCCAGUAAAAUCCGAGAGAAGGUGGACCGAGCUGUGGAAGCUGCGGAGAAGGCCGCGGACAUCGCCAAGCAGAAAGCAGAGAUUGCUGUGUCGAGGAUGAGCCACGCUCGUGGGAAGGCAGAGGCCGCAGAAGGUGUGGCGCAGAAAGCCACAGAGGAGUGUCGACUGGCUCGGAUAGCUGCCAAAGAGCUCUCACCCUCCUUUCACAUCUAUGGCAAUGGGCUCGAAUGUCAGCGGCCCAAACACCAGGGCGCCAAGGACAAAGACCAUGAGGUCAUCUCCACAGGAACAGACAGUCCAGAGCUGUGCACUCCCGACACCACGCCACCUGUGAUAACACCUGAUCUUAGCCCCGUGCUGAGUGUACCCACCUCACCUCCCCACAGUCCACUCAAACACACCCAUCGCCCCAGGAAUGCUUGCUUCAUGCGCCAGAGCGCCGUGGACGAUCAGGGCGGGGCUGAGAUCCAGGUGCUGGUAGAGGGGCGAGGGAUGGAUCUGCCGAGGGGCGGGGCUAACAAUUGGAGCGACGACAUGUAUCCGGAUCGAGCGGGUAGCAGUCGCUCCACUACGCCCUCCCUUCUGGAAGAGCAGGAGGGACAAAUAAAUGGCCACGAACAAGCCCCUAUGUCCAACCACAAGUCACGGGAGAAAUCCAUUUCCAAUCACAAGUCCCGGGACCACGCUUCCUCCUACAGAGCCUGGGAGCAUUCCUUUUCCAACCAAAAGCUCUCCAAGCACGCCUCUUCCAAUCACAAAUCAAGAGACUACUCAUUGUCCAAUCACAAAACAUGGGAUCAUUCAUCCACCAAUCACAAAACCUGCGAGCAUGCCUCUUCCAACUACAAGCCACAGGUGCACAUUUUAUCCAAUCACAAGGCCUUGGAUCACAACACGUCCAAUCACAAGACUUCUGAGCAUGCUUCUUCCAAUCACAAGCCCCAAGAAUAUAUCUCGUCCAAUCACAAUGCCAAGGACCACGUCUCUUCAUCUCUUUACAAUCCUCGAGAGCACGUCUACUCCAACCACCAUCCAAAGCAGCACAACCACUCCAACCACAAGCUUAAUGAGCAUGCUGUAAUCGACCAAAGGCUAGACGGCCACACCGGGGGCUGGACUGCUGAAAGCACCCUUAGGUGGAGCCCCGCCCACUCGCGCCUGACAGAGCAGGACGAGGAGAAGAUGAAUGACUAUACAGUCGACAUGAGGCUGCACUGUCCGGACUCGCAGACUUCUCGGGGGCUGGGACAAGAGUCCCCGGCCCCCAAGAACAACAGGCUGCGAUCCAGAGGCCUUCGACCAGUCAGAGAAGGAUCCAUGGACUCUGUACAGAUGCUGGACAACCUGAAUGUGGGGGCAGAGCUGGAGGAGUGGCCACUGCACAGGGACCUCACCCUCUCCCCGCCUCUAAAGUCUCAGCCCAUCACUCUGGAGCAGGAAGGAGAGCAAUUCACCCUCAAAUCAAACUCAGGCUCCAGCUCUAUUCUGGUGGUUAUGGUCAUUUUACUCAAUAUUGGAGUAGCCAUUCUUUUCAUUCACUUCUUUAUUUAAGCUUAUACAGGUAUGAUCUACUAAGACUUAUUGAUAACUACGGUAUAUUAUAUGAUUACUUAAUGAGAUGGACGUUCUGUCUAUUCGACCGGAGCCCGCAGCCCGAGUGACGACACAGCAGAGCCUUUCUAUUGUUGCUACUGUCUUUUUCACCUCUGUUGAAGCCCAUUUCAGUUUCUACAAAGACACCAUUCCUUUUCAAAUGCUUAUUUUGAACUUUCAUACGAUAUAACUUCCAUAGAACGUCCACAUGUUAAAAGGCGGUUGAAUUAGAGUCAGGAGAAAGUAAGAAAACGCAGCUUUAGACUAGCGUGUUGUUUCGGACUCACGUGCACGGCUGCCCGUCACUGACAGAUCAGUGGACUGGAGAUGGCACAGGCACUGUUGCCCAUUUUUCCACCAGUCUAGAAAAGAAUAUAGCAACCCAUGUUUCCUGGUUAUCAUGAGAAACACACUCAGUCCUAAGCCCCCUUUUGCCUUUGAACCCUUUUCCUUUCCUUCAAAUCCAUCAGUCUCUAUUCGCACUAUGCGCUACAGAACUAUGCUGCAAGAGUAGAUCCAUUUUAAAGGGCUCCGUCAUUAUUCUUUUCUCUUUUUCCCCUACUACAUAAACACGCAACCAUUGCAUGAGGCUGUGUGAGAUUUUAAAAAGUGCAUUUUUCUAUCCCUUUAACAUCACUGUUCUGUCUUCAUUUGUGCGCACUUCAUCCUGAUGGUCACCUCUCGAUUGUCAGAGACUUCACAUUCAACCAAAAUCACAGAGUAUGACCAAAUCAUAUUUGAUUUGCGAAAUCAAAUGCCAGCGACCAACACAUGCCAAGCCCUCCUGGGUCUAAUCCGAGAGGAACUUUCUGAAUUCAUUACAAGUAAAGUGGAACCACAUAAACACGUUUGCGUGCAUAAUAAACCGAACAAAAAGCAAAAGAAAAAAAAACAUUUAACUGCUGACAUACUGAGGAGAGGUAUCAGCCUUGCCCCUUUGUACAGCCUUGAGACUGUUAUGUUAUAAUCACUAAUUCUAAUAUAUAAGUGUAUGUGUCAUUAUUCUUCAAGUUUGUUACUUUUUGCAGUUUGCAAGACAGAGAGAAUGCUGAGUGCCUCGUAUUUAUUCAUUUUGGUUCUCAAAUUGAUUUAAAAGCCGACCCUAGAUCAAACACCCCACGGGCAGGCUAAGAGGAGACAAAUAACCUUGAAAAUUAAAAAAAAAAGGCGAUCCCCAUCCUACGGCCCUCCACACAAUCAGCCCUUCCCUCUUCACCCUGAAAUGGCAUGCACUGUUUUGUCUCUCUCUCCCAGUCGAAAAGGGAAAAAUGGGGUUUCUACGGUGUCAUUUCCAGAAAACUGUUUUUUUGGGACCGGAUGAGAUUUUUGUUUCCAGCAUGUUUGUUUAGCCUGCUCAAUCUGGUGUCAGUUUGUGAGUUUCUCCCUCUUGUCUCUCUUAUCCAGCAACACAAGGCUACGUGAGACAUGGAGAGCAGUGUAAAAUAAACGCUAGCUUUUAACUCUCAGUGGAUACUGAAAUGUCCCGAGUUUAUGAAUGAUAUAAAAGAAACUCUCUGCUACUGUAUGUUUUAUACUUCGCACCCAGUGGCAUCAUCAUGUUGUGACAUCAUUGCAUGCCCGAGCAUGCUCUUUCUUACUCUUUGGUUUAUGAGGUUGUUUCAAAGUUAAU